ACGCUCGGUCUUCAAAUCCUUCAAAACACACACACACACAACACAACACAUCGAUAUCCAUGGCCUCUUCAUCCCAGACAGAGCUUCCUCUUAACGAGGACGACUCUCAAGACAUGGUGAUCUACCAAGUCCUCACUGAAGCCGACGCUCUUCCACGUCAUCAUCACCUUUCUGCACCAGUUAUUGGCCUCCAUCAGCCCAUCAGCAGGACCGUCGCUGCCGUCGCCAAGAAGCACUACCGUGGUGUGAGGCGGCGGCCAUGGGGCAAGUUCGCCGCUGAGAUCCGAGACUCGGCUCGCCAUGGGGCUCGCGUGUGGCUGGGGACGUUUGAGACUGCCGAAGAGGCUGCCUUGGCUUAUGACAGAGCUGCUUUCAGAAUGAGAGGUUCUAAGGCUCUCCUUAAUUUCCCUCCUGACGUUGUAGCUCCUUCCUCUUCUUCUUCAUCAUCAUCUUCUUCCUCUUCUCUUUUCUGCCCAGAGAAAUUGAACAACAAGAGUUCUGAUGAUUCUGAUUCAAAAGCUGUCUGAUUCAAAAGCUGUAGUUAGCUCAUGCGUGAGUUAUGUUGAUAGUCAUGGUUGAUUCCUGAUAUAUGGAUCUAGUCAUCUAACUAUAGAUGUAGGUAAUUUAAUUUGGAUUUGAAUUUGUAUGUGUGUGGGGAAGAAAUAAAGAGAUCUAGAAAGAGUGAGAAUGUUAUGCAUCAGAUUUAUCAUCUCAAAUUUGAUUUAUUUGUUGUGUACAAAAUAAAAUUAAUUAGGUGUGUGUUUCGCAAUUAAUGGUAAUGUAAUUGAUUGCAUUUAUUUAUCUAGAUAUGUAAUUUGAAAUAAUUGGUUAUAUUGUCUAUGAUAAGAAAAAAAUGAGACUUUUUUGUUCA